AUGUCAGUAUUUCAUGACGAAGUCGAGAUAGAAGAUUUCGAGUUUGACGAAGAUACAGAAACAUACUACUACCCAUGUCCGUGUGGGGACAGAUUCGCCAUAACGAAAGAAGAGCUUGAAAAUGGGGAGGAUGUGGCCACAUGUCCUAGCUGUUCUUUGAUUGUCCGUGUGAUCUACGAUCUGGAGGACUUCCUGCAAUGUGAAGAAGUUGAGCCUGCACUGAAAGCAAAACCACUUGAGAAGAAUUAGAGGUUUCAUUUGUAAUGCAACCAGAGCUAUGGGCCUAGACUAAUGCCUCAGUAAUAUUAGCUACAUAUGUAUAUC